CUACUCGACUUCGGCUAAACCCCUUCAUUAGGGUUUUUUGGGUCUAUCUCUCUCUCCCAGGGUGCUCCUCCUUUUUAUUCUUUUCCACUUAGGAUUUUUUUUUUAUAUAAAAAAAUUCUUGGGAGUAAGGGAGGGUUUUAGGUGCGCUCCAGCAAGAAGAACAGAGAGUCUGUAUGGCUGAAGAGAGUGUUGUUACUGAUUUGCCAGUGAAGAGGCCAAGAGAAGAUGAAGAGAAUGGAGCCUCUGCUGCCACUGAAGCCAUGGAGACAGAGACCAACAGCAACGAUUAUAUCUCCUCCGUUAUUACUGGCUGGUUCUCUGAGAUUAGCCCAAUGUGGCCUGGAGAGGCGCAUUCCUUGAAAGUAGAGAAGAUCUUAUUUCAAGGGAAGUCUGACUAUCAGAAUGUUAUGGUGUUUCAGUCAUCAACAUAUGGAAAGGUUCUAGUUUUAGACGGGGUAAUUCAACUCACUGAGAGGGAUGAAUGUGCAUAUCAAGAAAUGAUCACUCACCUUCCACUUUGCUCAAUUGCGAACCCAAAGAAGGUUUUGGUUAUUGGUGGAGGAGAUGGUGGGGUCCUUCGGGAAGUGGCUCGACACUCUUCUGUUGAGCAGAUUGACAUAUGUGAAAUAGAUAAGAUGGUUGUUGAUGUUUCUAAACAAUUCUUCCCUGACGUAUCAGUCGGGUAUGAGGAUCCCCGUGUGACUCUCCAUAUUGGUGAUGGAGUUGCAUUUUUAAAAGCUGUUCCUGAAGGUACUUAUGAUGCAGUUAUAGUAGAUUCUUCCGAUCCAAUAGGUCCUGCUCAAGAGCUUUUUGAGAAGCCCUUUUUUGAGUCAGUAGCAAAGGCUCUCCGUCCAGGAGGAGUUGUGAGCACACAAGCAGAAAGUAUAUGGCUUCACAUGAACAUCAUUGAAGAUAUUGUGGCAAACUGCCGUCAGAUCUUCAAAGGCUCAGUCAACUAUGCAUGGACUACUGUUCCUACGUACCCAAGUGGAAUGAUUGGUUUCAUGCUUUGCUCGACUGAGGGACCUGCCGUUGAUUUCAAGCAUCCAGUUAAUCCUAUAGAUUCCAAUGAUAGUCAAAGCAAAUCAAAACCCUUGAAGUUUUACAACUCAGAGUUGCAUACAGCGGCUUUCUGUUUGCCUUCUUUUGCAAAGAAGGUGAUUGAUUCAAAAGCUAAAUGAUAGAGUGUUCAAGAUUAGUGAAGGAGCAGAAUUCGAAGCUGUAGUCAAGUGUUGGCGUUCAUCCUCUCUGAAAGAUACACGGCAACGAGUUAUGGAAUAAGUUGAGGUUUAAAUUUAUGUUCUCAGCAUGGUUUAAUAGGGAGAACUUGAUACUUACCCACCUUGAAAGUAUUUCCGAGAUUUUGAAAUUUUUCUAAAGUAAUCAGGUAGACCUUUUAGUUGA